GGCCGUGUAUAUAGUUGGGUUUUUGUAGGCCCGUUCGUCGCUUUUUCGAGUUUUAAAAAUUAGUAUUGAAAUCGUCGUUAACGGCGACGGUUUGCCUCAGUUUUGACGCUUGAAAACGGCUCGUAUUUUCCACUCUCUCGCCGCUCUCUUCGCUGCUUUGGCGAUUUUGGAACUUAAUUAAAGGGUGAACGCCCAGAGCCACAUCCAUGUUAAUGCCACGCUAUUUGGAUAGCUCCUCGUCGUCUGGCAGCCAUGGAGCUGCAGGAGCGACCACAAGCUCCUCCUCUCCGCCGACGACGGUGGCCGCUCACACGAAGAUGCGGCUGCUGAGCAAAGUGGAGCACAACAUGCGUCAGAGCCAAGGUCACAUCCAGAGCAACCCGAGUGGCCAGGACAUCAACCACCUCCUGCAUACGGCCUCCACGGGCAACGGCGUGGUGGACGAUGUCGACGGACUGCUGACGCCCAUGCGCAUUAAGGCGCACAUGUCGCCACCCUAUUCCGCCGGCAGUUCCGUGAAGAGCGACUCCCUCAGCUUUACCUCUCGGCCGGAACGCAACCUGUGGAGCCGGGCCGAAAUGCUAGAGAUGCUGAGCAUUAUGCAGAACCUAAACGCCCUGGAGCAGCUAAACGACCGGAACAUGAAGAGCGAGCAGGUCUUCCGGCAGAUCGAGGAAGUGAUGCGCAGCAAGGGCUACGUGAAGAAGUCCAGCAUCCAGAUCUGGACAAAGUGGAAGUUCCUCAAGUCCACGUACAACACAACUACGCGUCAUGGUACGGGAGUGCCCAAGGUGGUGCCGGAGGAGGUGUACCGCGUGCUCUGCCGGAUGCUGAGCGAUUCAAAUCAAGGCGGCAGCAGCAACAAUGUCAACGGCAGCCUUAGUGAAUGCGGAAAUUCAAUGGACAGUUCCAAGACGGCGGGUGAUGAUAACAAGGAGGAUAUUCUCGGUGUGGAGCAUCCCAUAUUCGGCUUCCGACUGGGACCCAUUAAACCCGAGCCAAUUGAUACAGGUUAUGAAACGACCGAAAAACAUGAUAUGGUGUCCGAGCCCGAUAUGGAGUCCUUCGACUACGAGGCUGGAAGUUCCCAUGCCGACAACGGCGACCAGGAGGAUGUGCCCCACAUGCCGUUUAUAGUUUCCGUUAAACAUGAACCCGACAUGGAUCUGGGCAUGGACACCACCAACACACCGCCGCCCACAGCGCCAGCCUCACCCUCGCCGCCACCAGUAACUCUGGAUGAGACCGACGAUGAGAGCAUCUACUCAUCCACGCCGGUGGCACCGCCUCCCUUGCGUGUGGCCUCUUUUGCCAAGGACGAGGUGCGACGACCCACUCACGGCAUCCUACAGAUCGACCGCCCGCCACCGACGCUCACCAAGAUGGGACAACAGCAAUCCAGUCCGGGCCAGAUGAGCCGAUCCGUGCCGCUACAGAGCACUAGCAGUAUCAACUUUGUCCACCCACACAGCAAGUUAAUGCUGCCCCGGAAGCAGAACCCGAAUAGCAGUCAAUCCGGCCUGCGUCUGCCCAGAGAUAUCAGUGUCCAGCCGACUGGAAUGCGCAUGAAGACGGUGCCAAUGAGGGAUACGGGCUACUCGCUGCGUCCGGAGCGGAUGAUUCCCGACAUCGAUCAGUCCGUGUCCAGUCCACCACAGUCGCCGUCCACAAUGGCCGGUCUCUUGGGCCGCGGACCGCCACCCAAGUAUCCGAUGGCUGGACAACAAACGGGUGCUUCUACCAGUAGACAGGCUCACAUGAUGUCUUCCCACCAGUUGACUCCGCUGCAGCACCAACAACUCCAGCCGCGAAAGCGUCGAUUGGGCCAAAGUCCGGUGAUGGGCAUGCCCGUGCCGGUAAAACUGCAGCGCAGCAGCAAUAUGUACGGUUCAACUCCAAAAGACAUCCGAUCUCACCCUGCGAUUGGUGAGGAAAGCCAAAAAAAGAAGACCAGCGAGGAGGACACCAAGCAGCGCAAGAAGCGUCAAGACGAGCUGUUGGCCAAAGAACUCAGCCAAUUGGCUUCUGCCAUGCGCACCGCACAGAAGGAGAUGUUGCAGGACUUCUUCCUGCAGCAAAAGGAGAUCGCACGGCGGGAGCACGAGUUCCAGAUGAAGCAGGACUCGUUAGUAAUGCGGACGUUGCGUAGACAAACAGAUGCGUUGCUUAGAACCGCCAACGAGCUGGUCAGUGGAGUUUCAGAGGCAGCUAAAAUGGAACCCGACGAUAAGGACGGUGUCAUUCCCGAAACUCAGAUGCCGUUCGAGCCAGAAACCGAACUUCAAACUCCGGAAAGCGAGGAGGAUAAUGAAGAUGGAGAAGGGGAAGCUGAUGAUGAUGUGCAGGAAACUAUGGGAGAGCCAGAAGAUGAAGACAAUGAAGAUGAUGAUUAUGAACACGAUGAGGAUGAGGAUGAAGAUGACGAUGAGGACGACGAAGAGCACAUGGCCAAUGACAGCGACCUAGAAAUGUCCGCUCUAGCCAUGUCCGAGGGCUCCAACAAUGUUGAAAUCAUUAGCGGAGAGCAGUAGAUGGCUUUUUCCCAACUUCCUAACACAUCUUCAAGUAUUACCCCAAAAAGACAAACACCAUUGUUAAUACCGAUUCAUUCCAAUCGCAUUCCUUAAGCUAUAUAUAUAUAAAUAUAUAUACAUAUAUUCCUAGAGCCAGAUCCGCGCAUUGUUAAAAGACUUGAUUAUAUUUAAGCAUUAAUACAUAAAUGAAACCUAAAGUAAAUUAAAAUGUAUUUAUUGUUCAUCGACCGUCUAUGCCCCAAAGUGCUGUAAAGUUAUUGAAACCACAAAAUACUUAGGUAACCAUAUGAUAUAUAUCAAAAUAUAUAUGUACCUUGUACAAUAA